UAAAGCCUCCCUCACAGAGGCCGGUCUUUCACUAUCUGGAGUUUCAGAGCUUCUCACCAGUGAGGGCUGACAGGAACACCUAAACAGAACAGAAGCUGGCAGGUUGACAGACGGGAAGAUUUACAGGACGGAUUAUCUGGUAAAUGACCAUUUAGCUGUGGCACACUUGGACUCCGUGUAGAGUGGGAUUUCGACCAUGAGCUCCGUCGCCGUGCUUACACAGGAAAGCUUUAUUGAACAUCGUAGUGGUCUUCUGCCAGAGCAGCAGUGCGCUAAUGCAGGUGUGUCUGCUGGCUCAGAUGAUGAAGGGUCCCUUCCUACAUACAAGGAGGCUUUUCCACCUCUUCCUGAGAAAGUUGCAUCCCCAGAUGGAUCUCAGGACACUACCAAUGUCUGGACAAAGAUUCGACCUAUUAAAUCCUCUGUUAUAACCCAGGUAUUCCAUGUACCUCUGGAGGAGCGCAAGUACAAAGAUAUGAACCAGUUUGGGGAAGGAGACCAAGCAAAGAUCUGUGUGGACAUCAUGCACAAAACUGGAGCCCAUUUAGAGCUUUCCCUUGCUAAAGAUCAAGGCCUUUCCAUCAUGGUGUCUGGGAAGCUGGAAGCUGUCAUGAAGGCCCGAAAAGAAAUAGUUUCUCGGUUACAGACUCAGGCAUCUGCAACGGUGGCAAUUCCUAAAGAGCAUCACCGCUUUAUUAUUGGGAAGUUUGGAGAGAAGCUGCAGGAGCUAGAGUUAAAAACUGCAACCAAGAUCCAGAUUCCACGGCCUGAUGAUACCAGUAACCAAAUUAAGAUAUCUGGCACCAAAGAAGGCAUUGAAAAAGCCAAGCACGAAAUUCUCUUGAUCUCCGCAGAGCAGGAUAAAAGGGCUGUGGAACGUGUAUCUGUGGAAAAGAUCUACCAUCCAUUUAUUGCUGGGGCAUUUAACAAAAUGGUAAAUGAAAUGAUGCAGGAGACGGGAGCUAGAAUCAACAUACCACCACCCAGUGUUAAUAAGACUGAGAUUGUAAUCACCGGGGAGAAGGACCAAGUUCUUCAAGCAGUGAAUCUUAUAAAGAAGAUUUAUGAGGAAAAGAAGAAGAAUGUAACUACCAUUGCUGUUGAAGUAAAGAAAUCUCAGCACAAAUAUGUGAUUGGUCCAAAAGGAAAUUCCCUGCAGGAGAUUCUAGACAAGACGGGUGUUUCGGUCGAAAUCCCACCUACGGACAGCAGCUUGGAAACUGUUCUCCUCAGAGGAGAACCUGAUCGGCUGGGACAAGCUUUGACAGAGGUCUAUGCAAAGGCGAACAGUUAUACUGUGGCUUCUGUCUCUGCUCCGUCCUGGCUGCAUCGUUUUAUUAUUGGCAAGAAGGGGCAAAAUCUGGCAAAGAUCACUCAACAGAUGCCUAAAGUGCAUAUAGAAUUUACUGAGGGGGAGGACAAGAUUACUUUGGAGGGUCCUACAAAAGAGACUCAACAAGUUCAAAUUCAGAUUGAGGCCAUCGUAAAUGAUCUGGUAAGCCGUAUGGACUAUACUGAGAUCACUGUGGAUCCAAAGUUCCAUCGCCAUCUCAUUGGAAAGGGAGGUACCAACAUCAACAGAAUUAAAGAUCAGUACAAGGUUUUGGUCCGCAUCCCUCCAGACAAUGAGAAAAGCAAUCUUAUCCGUAUUGAAGGUGAUCCCCAAGGAGUGCAGGAGGCAAAGAAGGAGCUUCUUGAGCUGGCGUCCCGCAUGGAGAACGAGCGUACAAAGGAUCUGAUUAUUGAGCAGCGUUUUCAUCGAACCAUUAUUGGACAAAAGGGGGAGAAAAUAAAAGAGAUCCGUGACAAAUUUCCAGAGGUUAUCAUCAACUUUCCAGACCCAACACAAAAAAAUGAUAUCGUCCAGUUAAGGGGUCCACGUACUGAAGUAGAAAAAUGUACCAAAUUCAUGCAGAAGAUGGUGGCUGAAAUGGUUGAGAACAGUUACUCUGUUUCAGUUCCAAUCUUUAAGCAGUUUCAUAAGAAUAUCAUUGGGAAAGGUGGAGCAAACAUAAAGAAGAUUCGUGAAGAGACCAAUACAAGAAUAGACCUUCCAGCAGAAAACAGCAAUUCAGAAGUAAUAGUUAUUACUGGAAAAAAAGUAAAUUGUGAAGCCGCACGAAAUCGCAUCCUGGCAAUUCAGAAAGAACUGGCAGAUAUUGCUGAAAUAGAAGUAUCUAUCCCUUCUAAACUGCACAACUCUCUGAUUGGCUCAAAAGGGCGUUUUGUACGCUCAAUAAUGGAAGAAUGUGGUGGAGUUCAUAUCCAUUUUCCAUCAGAAGGUUCUGGAAAUGACACCGUAACCAUCAGGGGUCCAGCAGAUGAUGUAGAGAAAGCAAAGCGUCAGCUUCUUUCACUAGCUGAGGAAAAGCAAACAAAGAGCUUCUCGGUUGAAUUGCGAGCUAAGCCAGAAUACCAUAAAUUCUUGAUUGGAAAGGGUGGUGGAAACAUCCGCAAGGUUAGAGACAGCACUGGAGCCAGGAUCAUCUUUCCUACAGCUGAUGACAAAGAUCAGGAACUGAUCACAGUUGUAGGGACUGAGGAGGCUGUCAAAGAAGCACAGAAAGAGCUGGAGACCCUAAUUAAAAAUCUGGAAAAUGUGGUCGAGGACACAAUGGCUGUAGACCAGAAACACCACAGGUAUUUUGUAGCUCGGCGUGGACAAGUCCUUCGUGAAAUUGCAGAAGAAUAUGGUGGUGUCAUGGUCAGCUUUCCUCGAACUGGUAGCCAGAGUGAUAAGGUCACAUUAAAGGGUGCAAAGGACUGUGUUGAGGCGGCCAAAAAACGCAUGCUGGAGAUCAUUGAGGAUUUGGAUGCCCAAGUCACAAUAGAAUGUGUGAUUCCUCAGAAGUUUCAUCGUUCAAUCAUGGGUCCUAAAGGCUCUCGCAUUCAGCAGAUAACCAGAGAUCAUAAUGUGCAGAUUAAAUUUCCAGACCGGGAAGACCAAGCAGCUGCUACUUCUCCUGUAGAAUCUACUCCCCAAGAAAAUGGGGAAGCUACUGAUGAAGUGAAGGAGACAGUGGACCCAGCUGCUCCCAAAAAAUGUGAUAUCAUUAUCCUUUCUGGACGCAAAGAAAGGUGCGAGGCUGCUGUGGAAGCUCUUAAGGCUCUAGUUCCAGUUACCAUUGAGGUUGAUGUACCCUUUGACCUUCAUCGUUACAUCAUUGGCCAAAAAGGAAGUGGAAUCCGUAAGAUGAUGGAUGAAUAUGAGGUAAACAUUCAAGUACCUGCUCCAGAGCUUCAGUCUAAUAUAAUUUCAAUCACUGGGCUGGCAUGCAAUCUAGACCGGGCAAAAGCUGGACUGUUGGAUAGAGUCAGAGAAUUGCAGGCUGAACAGGAGGAUCGGGCUCUGAGAAGUUUCAAGUUAACUAUUUCUGUGGAUCCAAAGUAUCACCCCAAAAUUAUUGGCCGAAAAGGAGCAGUCAUCACCCAGAUCAGAACAGAACAUGAUGUUAACAUUCAAUUUCCAGACAAGAAUGACGAAAAUCAGGAUCAGAUUACCAUUACUGGAUAUGAAAAAAAUGCAGAGGCAGCCCGGGACUCCAUAAUGCGCAUUGUUGGAGAACUGGAGGAGAUGAUUUCUGAAGAUAUCACUUUGGACCACCGUGUUCAUGCACGUAUCAUUGGAGGGCGUGGCAAGGGUAUCCGUAAAAUCAUGGAUGAAUUUAAGGUGGAUCUGAAGUUUCCACAGAGUGGUGCACCAGACCCUAAUCUUGUCACGGUCACUGGGCUUCCAGAAAAUGUAGAUGAAGCAAUUGACCAUCUGCUCAAUCUGGAAGAAGAAUUUAUGGCAGAUGUUGUGGAAUCUGAGUCAAUGCAGACAUACAUGAAGCCAAAGACUGGUUCCUCUGAGGAGUUUAAGGGUUCUUCAAAAGGUUUUGUUGUUAGAGAUGCACCCUGGGCAUCCAGUGAUAAGGCUCCAGAUAUGAGCAGUUCUGAGGAUUUCCCUAGUUUUGGAACCCCUGUUGCUCAGAAGAAUUCUGCUUGGGGCCCAAAGCGCUUUUAACCCUGAGCCAUUUUUCUUUUGGUUCGCUGACCUCUUUAGAUACUGGCCAAAUUCAAAUUUAGUCCUUAACAGCCUCCCUAAAUCGUGUGCAUAAAUUCCUUCAUUUGCAGAUUUCUCUGCUUCAUGUUUCUCCCACUGACCCACCCAAGUUAAUCAUCUUUUUCAAAUGUCAAGGUUGUGUUUUUUCUAUUUCUCCCUGUACCCCACAUUUUUUAGCCUAAUGAACAUUCAGAUUCUUGCCACUUUGGACAGUUCUGUUUUAGUGGCAUAGUGCCUUGUUUUGGGAUUACUUUAAUGCAGAAGUCAGUUUUUUGUUAAGCAGAUGUUUCUGGGUGCUGGUUGUCUGCUUUUUUUUUUUUUUUUUUUUUUUUUAAUAUAAAAACCUCUGCAGUUAGGAAUAAAGACUACUGCUCUGCUACCCCCAACUGGCUUUCAGUGUUGCACAUACCUUCGACUGUAGCAACAACACUAAGGACUAUUUGGCUCUGCCUCAGAGCAGAGAAUUUAAACUCUAAGAUGUGCCACUUGUCCCCUUUCCUACAGUAUGUUUAGAGGGUUGUACAAUUUGCACUUUGAAUAGCAGGGAGCAGACCAAUUAUGUAAUAAAUGUGUAACUUGAUUACCUUAAACCAAAUGAUAUAAAAAAAAAAAAAACAACUUGGGAGGGUACAAAUUCUCAUGGAAAUUUUAGAUUUUUUUUCCAAAAUUUAUCUUGGUCAGUAUCACGUCUUCCAAAUGCUGUGAAGUCCCAAUACUCGCGGCAGCAACCAUCUUUGGCCUUAAAGUUCGUUAAAGAGAUUAUGGAACAGGAAAUGGAAAAGUGUGAUCUUGGAUAACACUGGAAUUUUAAUUGUCCAACCAAAAACAAAAUAAAAAAAGCAAAAGUG